CCCAAUGCAUCGCCGGGAAUGCUUCAGCAUCUGUUGAACAUUCCUUCACAUCAGGAGUCUCCGUUUUCCCCUCCCAACAGAUCUCUUGACUAAAUACGGAGGGGAGCGAUUCGUAACUUUGCAAGGGGAGCAAAUCUUUUUACACAACAAAGAAACAAGCGGGUUUUUUUGGUAGAUACCAGAAAUGGCGACUAGCACUGAAGAAGGGGAUGAAUCUGAAUUUCCCCCAGUGAUAGAGCUAAACGUUGGUGGAGUCUUCUAUACCACAUCCCUUGCAACUUUGACAAGAGAAUCCAACUCUUUGCUUGCACAAAUUUUUGGCGGGACAAUUUCAUCUGGCCCGUACCGAGAUUCAAAAGGCAAGUUUUUCGUAGAUAGGGACGGAGUGCUGUUCCGAUACAUCUUAGACUAUCUAAGGGAUCAGAAAAUCGUCUUGCCGGAAAAUUUCCACGAGAGAAGGAGACUAAGACAUGAAGCCGAAUAUUUUAAUCUUCCUGGUCUCAUAGCCAAACUCGAUGCCAUUCCGGCUGUCAACUUACCUUUGAUUUCAAACGCUGUCCGUUUUUCUCCGACACCUGCCCUUUCUGGAGCUCCAACAGGCCCUGCAGGGUACAUCAUCAUCGGGUACCGUGGUACUUUUGCUUUUGGUAGGGAUGGUUUGGCUGAUGUAAAAUUUCGAAAGUUAACUCGAAUCCUUGUUAGUGGCCGUGUGAAUCUGUGUCGAGAAGUGUUUGGCGAAACGCUUAAUGAGAGUCGUGAUCCAGACCGAGGCAGUGAUUGUCGAUACUCUGCUCGUUUUUUUCUUAAGCACAACUUUCUCGAACAGGCUUUCGACAUGUUACAAGAAGCUGGUUUUAGAUGCGUAGCCGCAGCUGGUUCCGGUACUUCCUGUGGAGGAGUUGGCGAGCCAAUGAAACCAGGCAUGGAUAGUGAAGAGAACAGGUGGAAUCACUACAAUGAGUUCAUUUUCACGAGACCAUGAACAAGCACCAAAGCCAUUAAAAUAAUUAACUAGAGACUAAUCCGCCGCUAUGUUGCCCCUAAAUUUCUCCCAUCCCCUCUGACAACCGUGUAUAAACAUACAUUUUGUAUAAGCCAGUGUUCGCCGAUAUGCGUAAUUAAUGUCCAUAUGGAAAUCUGUUUGUUUCUAAGUGAAUGUCAAAUGUCAUUCCAGCUAUUCAAGUCAUCUGAGACUGUCACAUAAUUAAUUAUUAAACAAGAUUCGAAUUUAAAUUUUAUGCUUUUCCUGAUAAACAAGGAGAAGUGAAACAGUGGGAAAUCUCAAAGACGAAACCAAACCAAAAUUGAAAAUGCGCAACAUUUCAAAGGUUUUGUAAGUUAUUAUUUAUGCUACAUUUUCAAAAAUCAACAAAUUUUCUUUAAGUAUCUCAGUCUGUAUGUUAUCAUUUUAUAUUUAAUAUUUGGAACAAAUAUUUCAUUGCAGACGUUCAUACAGGUUAGCUCAAUUUGACUUUAUAUUUUCGUGGUAACUUUGAAUAUAUUUAUACAGAAUUAUACAUGCAGUUAUUUAUAUGAAACUUUAGCUAGUAACAUUUAUGUACUUGUUUUCUCACGUUGUGUAAAAAAACCUUUAAGAAUAUUAUUAACAGUUUUAUUAUAUAACAUACCAUAUAUACAUAUAUAUGCAUAUACAUAUAUUUAUAUAGGUAUAUUAAAAUGUAUACUAAAAUAUUUUUAAGCUUGAAGUUGUUUUGCAAUUUUUGUGCAAAAUUUAGCUAUUGUAAUCUUAUUAUUUAUUCAGCUUGUACUUAAAUAUAAAAAUGAGUAAAUAUUAUUCCAUCUUUUACACUGAAUUUUGAAAUCAUUUUUAGUCUUCUAACCCAUUCCCUUAGGCCGGCGAACACUGGUCGCAGUUUUCUCAGAAUUAGUGAUCAUAAAAUGCCGUUGUUUUUAUAAGAAUGAGCUAACUGAGUAAGACUCACAACUGAAACUUUUAUGAGAUAACUCUUCAAUUUUUGAAUUUGUUGGAUAUUGCAAGAAAUGGAGUGACCUGUAGAAAUUUUUGUCUUUUAUACAGACAUCAAACGUUUACACAAUACAAAAACUCUUAGUCAAAUCUCUGAACGUAUCUAGGAAAUUGAACCGAAUUUAAACGCAUGAAGAACUGUGUUUAUUUUUAUAUCAAUAUAUUCAGCUCAUAUUUGGUUUAAGAGCUUUGAAGUCGGAUGAUAAACGGAUAUUUGAAAUAAAGAAAUUUAUUGCUGUUAAGAAUAUAAAAAAUUACGUGAUUCUGGGCUUAAGCCACGGAUUGUUCCAAACGGAAAACUCUAAUCGUGAAGUCAACAGGUCUCACUGAAAGCGUUUUUGACACUGAUGAACAAAUUUUCACAAUUCCAGUUUUAAAUCUUUUAAUAGGUUAAGUCCUAAGGUUAAUAGAAGAUAUAAUCAGUAUUAAGCAGAUGUAAUGUUGCGAAGUUGUGAACUUGUUAAUUAAAAUAUUUCUCUAGAAACUGAGUAGCUUAUAGUUCGAUGCCAGUUUGUAUGCCUAUGUGCUGUUGUUCUGCUUGAUGUGGCUGCUCUUUUGUGAAUUUGCUCUUAGCAACUUUCUUAAAUUUAUGAACUUUAUCACCUAAGAUUUCUUUAUCUGUUAAAUACUUUUGACCUUAUGACAAAGUUUCUUUAAAAAACUAAGCGCUGUAUAAUUUUAUUUAAUUUAGAAUUCAUUAGUUAGGACUGGAUUAUUUUAAAAAUGUUAAUAAAUUUCUUUUGGCUACUUCUAGAAUAAUGAACGCUUUUCUAAUGCAGAAUAAUGCUGUGCAACUUCUAAAAUCAUAUCAAAGAUUUUAUUCUUUAUUUGUUCCUUUUAAACUUGCUUGGAAAAUCACCUGCUACUGAAUGUGCGAAAGUGAUUUUGUAUAUGAAUAAGUGAAAACGAUAUGUCACUCCAUUUUACUAUAAAUAACAGUGAGCUAUUUAAUGUGUGUAAAUUAAGUAAUAUUUACAAUGUGCUUAAAUUACUUUAUUCAUAAAUGAAAAAUGUGAAAACCAUACAUAUCUAUAUCUAUGCCUAAAACAUACAUCACAUAUGUUCUCUAUAAUAGGUAUAGAUAUGUAAUUAUAUACAUAUUUAGAGUUGUUGAUUGUUAACUUCUUUACAUUUUUGAAACGCUGAUCGUUGUGUAAAACAGGAUUGCUUAUUAAGGUUGCGACCUAUGGUAGCGCGUAAUGCUCACAGCAGCCACAUUAGUGAAUGCAUUUCAUUUUGAAUUCUAAAAUGCUGAACAGCGUAUGAAUUAGAAAUUAUAUGCCAGUGGAAAGCAGGCGAAGAUGUGUUUUUUAAAUUCAAGUAAAGGGCAAGCAGUUAAUCUGACAACUCAGGUAAUGAGCAAGCAGUAAAUUAAAGCAAAACAAUCGAGAUCUAUACUAAAGGUAGGGGAGGGCUUUCUAAAGAAGUCUACAUUGUAUUCACUUUGGAAACAGCAACCUACUGUUGCAGAUUACUGUUUUGCAGACCAGGUCAGUAUUGGAAAUAGGUCAUCAGGUAUGCCAGUAAAUAAUUUUGAGGAACCUGAUUGUAAAGCUAUAAUAAAAAUAAAAUUUCAUCAAUUUAAAAUAUAUUAAACAAAAUUUUAAAUAUGUUAUCUUGGUUCAAUAUUUUAAACAAUUUGAAUAAUGCAACAUUCCUCACAACGAUUACAUUUGCUAAUUUUAUUGAGCAGAGAAGGAAGAUUUAAUUGCUGCAGGAUUUGCAUUCUUUUUAAAAACUUUUCACGUUAAAGAAUUUCACAUAUACUACUGUUCCUGAGUAAACUGCAAAACCUACCACUCAUGUUUUGCAGAGAAUCAAAUCCUGAUCCAAUUAUAUUCCACUGAUUUUGAAUACUCUAUUUAAAUUUCAAAGACUUGAAUUUUUUUAUUUUUUCUAUUGGCACGAUCUAAUGAUAUUGAACAUAGAAAGUAGUGGCGUGGCCUAUUACUUUAGGAAAGAUGGGAUUAUCUAUUGAGUAUUUAAUGCAAACUUGGAUUAUUUUUACAUCUGAUGACAUGAUUUAAAUGAACAUUUAGAUUACUGGCGUGGCGUGGUACUUUAGAAAAGACAGGAUUAUUUAUUUAAAGAGAAAACUAUUAUAAUCUAAGUUUGCAUUUAUAUUUUCCUUUGCUUCUUUGAAUUUAUUGAUCAAAAUGUAACACUAAUUUGAGGAUUGGCUUGACAGUGAGUGUUUUUUUAAAACGGUUUAACAAACGUUUUUCUCUUAUACAGUCGUUGGAAACUUCGAAGUCGAAGUCGCUAAUGCCAUAUUUACAUAAUGUGAAAUACAUAAUUUUAAUGCCUAACUAUUAUUUAUAAGCCUUUAAUGUUAAUGAAUUCUUAUUCGAUAUUUAUUUGAGAUUAUAAGUUAAGGGAUAUAGUUUAUUUGAGAUAUAGUUUAAAGGAAUCAAAAAGAAAUAUAUUUAAAUUUUCAAGUGUUUCCUAAGUUUUGCUUUUAUUUCAUGACUGUGUUGGGGAGAUAAAUAUUUAAAAAAUAUUAAAAGCAAGGUUCUGUAUGUUAUGAGACUUACAGAAAUGCAUAAAGCUACAUGGUUUUAAUAUUUUUUACUUUUUGCAUAUAAAAUGCUUAUUUAAUUAAAUAUAUCAUGGUUUCUCAAGUGAAUUAAAAAGUCAAAUCUGUGUAUCUUAGAUAAUCUCAGAAAAGCUUAUAAUUUAGAAAGGAACUUUUUUCGCUUAUGAUGACAUUUUGAAAAUCUACAUAAAUUUAGAAUACUUUAAAUAUGUAAAUUAUAACUAAACUUACCCUCACUAAUGUUCAUUAGCAACAUGUAUACGAACAAAAGAAGUAUUUUUAUUAAUUGUUAGGUUUUGUUUAUGGUGUUGAACGGUUGUGAAAAUUCUUUGUUUGGUUAUGCAGUGGUUACAGAUAACAAAAGACUUGUUUCAAAAACUCUAAGGACAUCUUAAAUCAUAUCACUAAUUAAAAAAGUUAUUUGUUAUUAUUUUAUUAUAAUUGUGAUAUCCGAUGUUAUGAAUAUUAUUUCAACUGUUGGUUUUCAAAGAAUUCUGAACAAUAAAUUGGCAAUUGUGAAUUUUGAAUGUUGCAUCAUACUAAGUUAGUACAAUUAAAUUCACUAACGUGGCUUCUUCUUUCUUUAUUUACUUAGAAUAAGCAGCCCAUUGUAUUAUAUAACGAUGAGUGAAGAGUAAAUAUAGCCAAUGACAUGUCAAUUUUGUGUAAACAAGUGAUAAUUAUGUAUAGUGUUGUGAACCUAACCAAAAGUAAUUUCACACCGAAUUCAUGUGACUUUAUAAGCUUUGUGUGAGUCUUCUAUCAAUUGUUAAAGUUUUAUUCACUGAUUUAAAUCUGUCAUAUAGAACUGGUCUGCAACUGAUUUUGAUUAAUCGAAAUCAUGUAGAUUUUGAAAGUUUAUUUUCUAUUAUCAAUUCGUGAAGUUGUCGUUAUUAAUUAUACUAAUAAAUUGAGAUUUGAAUUUUAAAAUAUAUCAGAGAUAUUGAGAAUCAAUUAAAUUUAACACAUAUUUGCAUAAUAAUUACACUGAUCAGCAACUGCUAGUGAAAGGUAUCUACAAAUUGCGAAUCUGCGAGAAGAAUAAAAAUUUCUUUAGCAACUAGUUGGAAUAUCGAAAAUUAGACAAUUAAUGUUAAUGACUAAUGACGAGUUAAGAUUAACGAAGAGUUUUAAGUUUAAAUAAUGAGAGUAUUCUUGAAAUGAUUUGUUUCAAUUUACAGAGUCGAAUAAAGUUAUCAGAAAAUGUUUUCGUAGUUACUAAGGAUGAAAAAUCUAUGUAGAAGCCCCGCUUGCAAGAAAUUAUGAAUAUUAUUCACAAUUAAACUUGAUAUAUUAAUUAUUAUUGAAAAAAGCAUGUUACUAAUACAAAGUAGGAUUUAAGACAUAUAUUAAUUAAAAUUCACAAAUUAUCGGCAUCUUAUCAAUAAAACAGAGAAAUUUUUAGGAAAGUUAAAAGAAUAGUAUUUAACCUCAAGAUCUAAACCUUUAAAACAAUAUCUUCAUAUAAUGGGUAAUUGCAUGCAAACUAUAUUUAACAUUUUUGUCUUAUUCUAUGAAAUGCACAUUUUUUUCUGGUAUAACAUUAAUGUCCGUUCGUUUUGCAAUGAAGGAUAUUGCUUAAUACGCUUUUAGUUCUUAAUCUUUAGGAAAAAAUCUGUAAUGCAAUUUAAUGGAUCUAAAAAUAUCUUAUACCUUUUUAGAAAUGCUUAACUUAAGUUCUGAAAUAUGAAAUUUACUUAAACUAAAUUUGGAAGAACUAUAAACAUGCAAUUUAUAUUAGUUUUGUUACCUUCUUAAUACUUGUCCGCUUUUUAUGGUUACUUAAACUAGCAAUAAUAAGAAAGGAAUCACAUCUCAUAAAAUCAGGUAGUACCCCCCCCAAAAAAAGUGAUUAUGUUGGUUAUUUAUUUUAAAUGAAAAAUGUGAUUUAUUGGAAUGAGUAUAUAUUAUUUAUCUAUUAGCUUUUUUAUGGUCUCUUAUUUAAAAUUUUACAGACGCAUAAAUGCAUAAAUUAUUACCUUCCAAUUAUAACAAAAGACAAAGGCAAAAUUAAUAGAUUUCUAGGUAUAUUUCUAGACAUAUAUGAGAAAGAGAUGCAAUCAGAGGACUGCAAAGAAAUAAUAAUCAGUUGCAUAUGAAGGAUUUGCUACUUUAUGAUGAAAUUUUAUAUAAGAUUUUGCAAACUUUUAAGCAAAAAGCAACUUUAAAUAUUAUUUUAUUAGAGAAGCAUUUUAAUACGUAAUAGAUUUUGCUUUUUCAAGCGCUCUUCCGUGAAAAUACAGAAAAUAUCAAAAGAAGCUUUAAAUAGAAUACGAGAGCGCAAUUUUUAGAAAUAUCGUUAAUAUAUAAUAUUUUUCUCAAAAUUUAAUGUUCAGAUUAUUGCAUGUUGUUCAAGAAAAUGUAUCUGUAAUGUGCAAUAUGAUAAAAAAAUGCAACUGGGCGAGGGAAAACAUUCUGAGUAAAGCUAAUCUUUCUUAAUAACUUCUGUAUUUCAGCAUAUCAAAAAGCUAUCCAUUACCUAAUACAUAUUUUUUAAACAUCUGUAGUAGAUUAAAAAACAUCACAUCGCAAUCAAAUAAAAAUAUCUUCUACUACAGUAGGUAAAAUAUUUUCAUUGUAGAUGGACAAUUUAAAAAUAAUUUUUGUCUCACUUAGGUUUGUUUAGUUGAAAAUAUUAUUGAACUUUGUAUUAUUGAAAGUAAUGUGAAAUUAAAUUUAUACUAAAAAUAAUCGGAUUAUUUAAAUGAACUUUUAAUGCUUUAAUUACUUUUAAAGAAGCGAUUCAUUUAAAUUUGUUAGUGUCCUAACUUAGAACACAGGCCAUAGGCAGUUCUAACUCUAUAUUUUAAAGCUUUGAAUCUUGAGAUCGUGAUGUGGAUUUCAAUUGAAAUUAUUUCAUCUUAGUCAAGACUAAGAUUUUGAUUUAAAAGAGCAAAUAAUCGAAAGCUGUAAUGAACUGAAAUAAAUAUACUAUUGCAGCAAUUUUGAGCUGCAGGAAAAUAAGUAAACUGUUAUUUGUAACUACGAGAAUUUCGUACUUUUGUUUAGUCAGAAUCUGUAAUGGUCCAGUUCUAUUUAUGAAAUAAGUUUUGCACUUUGUACCAAAAUUUCAUUCUUUUCUAAACAUAUUGAUGUUGGAUUCAUUUAGUACUUAUGUGCACGAUAUGCAAUAAAGCAUUAAACAUUUAUGUUUUAAAUUUA